UUUCAUGCUUGCACAAUUGAUAAUUAUUAUUACAUGUAUUGUUAUUAUUUUUAAGCUUGUCAUUAUUUUUAUACUAGCCUUCGUCAAUCAAAGGGUCAAAUCUGGACUUCAAAACUGCAAUGGAUAUCCUGGUUUGUUGAUACCAUUUGAUUUUCUAAGUGGUUUUGGCAACAUUCAUCUUUGCUGUUAUGUUUGGAGCCACUUCCAGCACAUGCCUGAAUAUGUUUUUACAACCAAAAAAUGGAAUUUUUCAAAUGCCUGACCCAGCUGGAUGGGUGCAGGCUCAACUUCUUGAUACUCCAACGAGUCAUAAGGGAGAUGACCAAUUUGUUGCAGCCAACAGGGGCAGACAACCAUUUUCAGCAAAUACGAAUUGGCAUCAAAGCAUGCGUGCUGAUGAUUCCCCUGCUGGGUGUCACGUGGCUAUUCGGUCUUCUCUUGCCUGUGCAUAAAGCUUUCGCUUACAUCUUCACCAUACUCAACUCUAUUCAGGACAACUAUACAAGGAAGAGCUCACAGGUCAAUCCAAGUGAGGUUGGGGAUAUAAAGGCAGUUGAAUUGCAGUCUUUUGCUAAAUUUGAAUCGAAAUCGCACUUAACUGGAUCCAGCCAACUGGAAAUAACAGUCAAUUACUUGGUACAAGUACUUACAGCGAUUAGUCGGUUGCGAUCGGUCUGAGUUGCGAUCUGCAGUAUGCUGACGACUAUCCUUCGAAUAAGAUUACAGUCUGCCACAGACGAGGCGGGAAUUUAUGCCAGGAAAUCAUGACUCUUCUUUCUUCAAAAAAGCACUCUAACACGCAGCUUUAAUGGAGUGUAUUUAUUUUUUGAUUCUUGGACGCUAACUCUCUGCGCUUACUGCAUGAUUAUUUCAUAUUCGGCGUUUUACUUAUUGAGUUUUAAACAAAUUUUUCAUCAAACAUUAUUAUUACUAUUAACAAUAAGCUAUGGAUAAUAACUGAAUAUAAGUUUCUAGAAAUUUCGAGAAUGCCUAGUCAUGCUGAUAUGAAUACCAAGGAACUUUCUGCAGCAUUUUACUGGGUUUCGUAGUUAUGAUUUAACACUAAAAAUAUAGUUGUUUUGUAAGCUUCCAGAAUUUUCUAGAAUACUUUAUACAUAAGGAGUCAGUCGUGUAGCAGUAGUACUAGUUGUUGUCGGGAGUGACUGACUUUUCAGAAAGCUAUACCGAAAGAGAGCUACUGUAGAAGAUUGUUAAUUUAAGGGAACUUUGGAGACAACUGUGAGAUCGUGUCAAUGGUGAGCUAAGAUAUAGUUUUUAGUGGGCUUCAGUAAGUUUAUUUAAGGAUAAGUGUUCUACUUCCCGUUAAGAGUCGCUCAUUGAUGAGAAUAUUACAAGUUGUUUAAUUAAGUAGUCGGGUUUGU